GCGCAGGCGCAGGCGGCGGCCCGAUGGAGCCCGAACCAGAGCCCACUGCUGUGGAGGUUCCGGCCGGGCGUGUGCUCAGUGUCCGGGAACUCCUCGCCGCCCGCUCGCGGUCCCAGAAGCUGCCCCAGCGCUCGCAUGGCCCCAAGGACUUCCUCCCCGACGGCUCGGCGUCCCAGGCCGAGCGGUUGCGCCUGUGCCGCCUGGAGCUCUGGCAGCUGUUGGCGGAGGAGCGCGUGGAGCGCCUGGGCAGUUUGGUGGCCGCCGAAUGGAGGCCGGAAGAGGGGUUCGUGGAGUUGAAGUCUCCGGCGCGUAAAUUCUGGCAGACCAUGGGCUUCUCGGAGCAGGGCCGGCAGCGGCUUCACCCCGAGGAGGCGUUGUAUUUGCUGGAGUGUGGCUCCAUCCAACUCUUCCACCAAGACCUGCCACUGUCUAUCCAGGAGGCCUACCAGCUGCUGCUGACGGAGAACACUGUGACUUUCCUGCAGUACCAGGUCUUCAGCCACCUGAAGAGACUGGGCUAUGUGGUUCGACGAUUCCAGCCAAGCUCCAUCCUGUCCCCUUAUGAGAGGCAGCUGAACUUGGACAGCAGUGCCCAGGGCUUGGAGGAUCCGAAUGGCAAGAGGAAGAGGAGGAGUUCCAGCUCUUGGUCCAUUAAUAAGAAGCCCAAGACCCUGGAGAACCCCCUACAGGAAGCAGAUGGGGCACCCAAGAGCCUGGCAACCUCUAUCCCAUCUCCCUGCAACCAGAACAGCCAAUGCCCAGAGGAGGAACCCCAGGAGUCAAGUCCUAUAAAGGGCCUAGCGGGCCCCUUUCAGCUUCUGGGAUCCCUGGAGCCCUGCCCUGGCCUGGCCAGGGAGGUGGUGGGAUGCAGCCAGAAAAGUGGCAAAGUAGAGAAUGGGGUCAAGGGGACUUGUAAGCCACGCUGGAACUUUGAGCAGAUCUCCUUCCCCAACAUGGCUUCAGAUAGCCGCCACACCCUCCUGCUUGCCCCAGCCCCAGAGCUGCUUCCAGCCAACGUCGCAGGGCGGGAGACAGAUGCUGAGUCCUGGUGCCAGAAACUGAACCAGCGGAAGGAGAAGCUCUCCAGACGGGAAAGGGAGCAACAGGCAGAGGCCCGGCACUUACGGGAGGAUGUAAACGCGGAUCCUGAGGUGCAGCGCUGCUCCAGCUGGCAGGAGUACAAGCAGCUGCUGCAGAGACGGCACCUGCAGAAGACGCAGAGCCGCCCCCCCCACCUGUGGGACCAGCCUGUCACCCCCUUGUUGAGUCCUGGCCAGGCAGACUCUCCAGCCACAGUCUUUCAACAUAUCUCUGUGCUGCAGACAACACACCUUGCUGAUGGAGGUGCCUGGCUGCUGGAGAAGUCUGGGGGCUUGGAGAUCAGCUUUGAUGUUUACCAGGCUGACGCUGUGGCCACAUUCCGAAAGAAUAACCCUGGCAAACCCUAUGCCCGGAUGUGCAUCAGUGGAUUUGAUGAGCCAGUCCCAGACCUCUGCACCCUCAAGCGGUUGUCCUAUCAGAGUGGGGAUGUUCCUCUGAUCUUUGCUCUUGUGGAUCAUGGAGACAUCUCCUUCUACAGCUUCAGGGAUUUCACACUGCCCAGGGAUCUGGGACACUGACCUGCUCUGGCAGGCCUGACGCCUGCUUGGGAGGGACUUGGACUGUCUACUCUCAGGGACCAUCUCAGCUGCCUCCUACACCCUAUAGCUUCAGGGGCUAGGCUGGGCCGUGGACCUGGGUGUCUGAUGCUUGCAGAAGAGCCAAGCUGAGCCCCCCUACCUGGCUGCUGCAGCGCUUCCAAACCCCAGGACUGAGAUUGCUGCCUUGCAGUGAUCCGCUUGGAACUCAGCGAGGUGUGGCAGAAGAGAGGACUCAGUGCCUUUAAAUGAGAGGGUGCCUGCUUCACGCAAUAAAGCCAAAAGCCAUAGUCAUUUUGGGGGAAAAAAGAUCCAUUUUCUUAUGUGGCUGGAUAUACUGGACAAGUGCCCUACCUCGGUAUGGAUGCACGGACCCCACCCCUAUCCCGUUGUCUGCCCACCCACAGAGAGAGCUGCUCUCUCUGUUGCAGGAGCUAAGAGAAGCUAGCAACCCCGCACCCGUCCCAGGAUCUGCGCCAGCAGGGAUGAGAAGUCACAGACCUCUAAUCAGCUUGUCCAGGGGAGUCCAGGGAGGGAGGCCGGGGCUCCGUGGCCCUUCCCUGCGGGUCCAGGUAGAAUGCUGUCCGUGA